AAGCAGUGGGUGGUGUCAGAGCUGGCUAGCUAGUAGAGAGAGAGCUGCCACUGUGUGCAACUGUCGUCGGGGAAAUGUCGCAAAAGCUGCAAACGAAUGACGGACAACCAGCUGUUCAAUCGGCGACAUUCUGUCUCUCGCUCUUGAUCGGUCUCCUAGCGGUGGCAUCACCUGGCCUCUCGUCUUUCUUCCCGCCACCGGCAGUAUUCGGUUGGGGCUGUCCGCCCUGCAACCGCUCCCAUUGCCCGCCGACCACCUGCGACGAGUCGCUGCAGCACGCGGACGAGUGCGGCUGCUGCGCCCUAUGCGGCAAGCUAGAAGAAGAGGCGUGCGGCGGGCAGGGGAACGCCGGGGGAAGUUGCAACGGGUCGGGUCUGCACUGCGCCUACCGUCUGGGGAGCAUAUUCGGAGAGGAGGGAUUUGGAAUCUGCGAAAAGAGUCUGUGUCAACGGAGAUUGUGUGGCUACAGACAGAGGUGUAAGGUCGUCGUCGGGGACGACGGGAGGGACAGCACGCUCUGCAGUUGCGACCACUUUCUCUGCGACCACAAGUGCAACCCAGUGUGUGGUAGAGACGACAAGACCUACUCUAGCAUCUGUCAUCUGCAGUUAGCAGAGUGUCUAUCUGGACGCCCCAUUGGCAUCCGCCACUUCAGUCAGUGUAAAGUAGUUUGCCCUCCGAAGCCAAAGAAGGUCUACAGCAAUUUGUACUCUGCCCCUACUCCAAUCUACUGCAUACACGAGGAAGAGAUGUACAGUCCGUUCCACAUCCUGCCCCCGACCUCUCGUAACCCCUGCACCUACCAUGUGUGUUCAGGCUAUGGCCACAUGGAGCAGUAUCCAGUGCCGGGAUGUGAAGGAACCCCACCGGAGGAGGACUGGAAGGUGGAAGAGGCUGUCAUACCGGCAUCCUGGACAGAGUGGUCUCCCUACUCCAGCUGCGUGGGGAACUGCGAGAAAGGGGGAUGGGCCAAUCGGACUCGGACCUGCACUGCCCCGCCCCCUUCCUCGCACGUGGAGGCCGAGGCCAGUGCGGUCUACUGCCAGGGGGAGGCUGAGGAGAGCAAACUGUGCGAACCUGAAGGCUGCAGGAUAUGCCACAUCACACAGUGGAGCCAAUGGUCUGAGUGUUCGACCCUGGAGCCGUGUCAGCAGGGCUGGCGGACACGUGAGCGAACCAUCACCAACGUGCCCACCGUCCCAGAGCUGUGUGGACCCACUAUUGAGAACAGGACAUGCCAAUUCAUUGGACCAUGUACUACCUGUGACACGAGACAGACUGGGUGGUUUGAUAUCAGAGACAAACACACCGGUUGCUUCAACAGACGACCAGAGAGAGGGGUGGUCUGCGCAGGGACUUGCGAGCCGGGCAGUUGUUGCAGCGCUGUUUUCGACAAAGAGGAUCAGUCCACAGCCAUGUACUUCAUGAUGGACUGUCCAGAUCCAAAAGUAAAACCCUACUCUUUGAGGUUUUUUCCUGCCCGUGGACUGCGAGUGCGUUGACUGCAAUUCUACUGUAAGGGCUCCAAACUUCUUUGGCCCCCGAUGGAGGAUCAUAUUCCGUCCUUGAUUUCGUGAACAGUUUGUAUAGCUACAGACUGUACAUAUAUUAUACUGAUGCCAUGUAUCUUCACAAUGUUACUCAAUUCAGCAAAUAUCGAUCCUGAUUACACCUUUUUUCUUAUCCUUUUCUCCUCACAAUGAGUAUAUUAUCAUAAUUGUAUGUACUCCAUUCGGCAUGUCCUCGAUUUCAUGUUCAUACAUUAAUAUAUCCCCAGUUCCAUCUACACAGUGAUUCUAUGUGAUUAUGAUGACACUGCCUU